GCUGCCUUCGUUCCUCCGCGAGCCCGGGCCGGGCCUCCGCGUCUCUGCCCCGGCCGGGCCGGCGGGGGAGCCUGGGGCCUGGGCUCCGCCCUCAUGCCGCCUUCCCGCGCGGCUCACACAUCCAGCCCCGUGGUUUCCUAAGACGGCCGUUUUCAACUCCACCAGAGGCUACUAUGGCAUUCCCUCACCUGCAACAGCCCAGCUUCCUACUGGCUAGCCUGAAAGCUGACGCAAUAAAUAAGCCCUUUGCACAGCGGUGCCAAGACUUGGUUAAAGUCAUAGAGGAUUUUCCAGCAAAGGAGCUGCAUGCCAUCUUCCCAUGGCUGGUAGAGAGCAUUUUCGGCAGCUUGGACGGUGUUCUCAUCGGCUGGAACCUCCGCUCCUUACAGGGACGUGUGAGCCCUGUCGAAUACAGCAUUGCGAUGGAAUUUCUAGACCCUGGUGGCCCAAUGAUGAAGUUGGUUUAUAAACUUCAAGCUGAAGACUAUAAGUUUGACUUUCCUGUCUCCUACCUGCCUGGCCCCGUGAAGGCAUCCAUCCAGGAGCACGUGGUCCCUGAUAGCCCUCUGUACCACAAUAAGGUCCAGUUCCCUCCCACCGGGGGCCUCGGCCUGAACCUGGCCCUCAAUCCGUUCGAGUUCGCUUUGAGCCUCAUCACGCAAAAGCCGCUCCCCGGGGCCCUCCAUGUUCGUACUUCAGACUGUGCCUAUUUCAUCCUGGUGGACAGGUACCUAUCGUGGUUCCUGCCCACAGAAGGCAGCGUGCUCCCCCCACUCUCCUCCAGUCCCGGGGGGCCCAGCCCCUCACCAGCUCCCAGGACUCCAGCCAUGCCUUUUGCUUCCUAUGGCCUCCACCACACCAGUCUUCUGAAGCGACAUAUCUCUCAUCAGACAUCUGUGAACGCAGACCCUGCCUCCCAUGAGAUCUGGAGGUCAGAAACUCUACUCCAGGUUUUUGUUGAAAUGUGGCUUCAUCAUUAUUCCUUGGAGAUGUACCAAAAAAUGCAGUCCCCUCAUGCCAAGCUGGAGGUUCUGCACUACCGACUCAGUGUCUCCAGCGCCCUUCACAGCCCUGCCCAACCCAGCCUCCAGGCCCUCCACGCCUACCAAGAGUCAUUCACGCCCACCGAGGAGCACGUGCUGGUGGUGCGCCUGCUGAUCAAACACCUGCACGCCUUUUCCAACAGCCUGAAGCCCGAGCAGGUCUCGCCCUCCGCCCACUCCCAUGCCACCAGCCCCCUGGAGGAAUUCAAACGGGCUGCUGUCCCGAGGUUCGUCCAGCAGAAGCUCUACCUCUUCCUGCAGCACUGCUUCGGCCACUGGCCCCUGGACGCGUCCUUCAGAGCCGGCAGUGCAGAAAGAAGCCAGGUGGUGGCACCCCUGCCCACCCCUGCAGAGCAAGCCCUGCAGCUGGAAACGUGCCCCUGCUCCCUGAGCUCCCUCAGCUCCCUCCUGGGCCAGAUGGCCCAAGGAUCAGGCCCAACGCCUGCCCCCACAGCCCACUGUGUCCACGUGUCUCGCCAGGUCCUGGAGAUGUGGUUAAGCUACCUGCAGCCCUGGAGGUACGCGCCUGAGAAGCAGCCUCAGGGUAGUGAUGGCCAGGCCCGCUGUGUGUCCGAGAGAUGGGCGCCCUUUGUGCAGGAGAACCUGCUGCUGUACACCAAGCUCUUCGUGGGCUUCCUGAGCCGCGCGCUGCGCACUGACCUGGUCAGCCCCAAGAACGCACUGAUGGUGUUCCGAGUGGCCAAAGUCUUUGCCCAGCCCAACCUGGCUGAGAUGAUCCAGAAAGCCAAACCCAGGCUUGCGUCCUGCUUUCCAGGCGAGCAGCUCUUCCUGGAGCCCGAACUCGUCAUCGCCCACCGCCAGCACCGACUCUUCUCGGCUCCCACACUCACCGGCAGCUUCCUGUCGUCUUGGCCGCCAGCCGUCACCGACACCUCCUUCAAGGUGAAGAGCCAUGUCUACAGCCUGGAAGGCCAGGACUGCAAAUACACCCCGAUGUUCGGGCCGGAGGUCCGGACGCUGGUCUUGCGCCUGGCUCAGCUCAUCACGCAGGCCAAGCAGACAGCCAAGUCCAUCUCUGACCAGUGCGGGGAGAGCACAGCCAGUCGCCCUUUUCUGUCCUGGCUGGGCUUCUGCCUUUCGGACACAAACAGCUCCUACCCAGCCAAUGACCUGGACGACAUGGGGCAGGACAGCAUCCGCAAGACAGACGAGUACCUGGAGAAGGCCCUGGAGUACCUGUGCCAGAUGUUCCGACUCAGCGAGGCCCAGCUCGCCCAGCUCACACUCGCCAUGGGAACAACUCAGGAUGAGAACGGCAAGAAGCAGCUCCCGGAUUGCAUCGUGGGUGAGGACGGACUCAUCCUCACCCCCCUGGGCCGGUACCAGAUCAUCAACGGGCUGCGGAAGUUUGACAUCGAGUACCAGGGGGACUCGGAACUGCAGCCCAUCCGGAGCUAUGAGAUUGCCAGCCUGGUCCGCUUGCUCUUCCGGCUGUCCUCCACCAUCAACCACAGGUUUGCAGGCCAGAUGAGAGCCCUGUGUUCCCGGGCUGACUUCCUCGGCAGCUUCUGUAGAUACCACCUCAUGGAGCCGGGGCUGACUGACAAACACCUGCUGAGCCCCGUGGGGCAGGGGCGUGUGGCCAGCCGUGCCCGGGGCCCCAGGCUCAGCCUUCGUUUCCUGGGCAGCUACCGGACGCUGCUGUCACUGCUGCUGGCCUUCUUUGUGGCCUCUCUGUUGCGCAUCGGGCCCCUGCCCUUUGCCCUGCUCCUCGUGCUGGGCUACUUCCUCUACGCUGCGGCCAUGACACUGCUGACGGAGCAGGGCAAGCUGCACCAACUCUGACCACAAGCCAGCCUCUCCCCACACUGCCCCUCCCGUGUACCUGGGAGGCCACCUCCGCACCUGAGCCUGGUCACCGUCACGCUUCCAGGGAGCAUUUUCCUGUAGCCUCCGAACCGUUUGGAAGAGAACGAAGGAGAAGGGCACACAGUCCAGACUCGGCCAGGAAGAGAGCAGCGUCCAGGGCCCGUGAGCUGCGUGGGACGGGGACAGUCCGGGGCCGGCCACGGGCCUUCCUCCUUCCUCAGCCGGAGGCUCCGCUAGAAGAUGGCUGUCAAGGCUUUUCUCUUUUUAACUGUUUCAGGGUUUAGCCAUGUGAAGCCAAGGAGUCCGUGCUUCCGGGGGGGCCUGCGGCCUCACUGUCCUGAGGCGGGCAGUGUGGCAUGAAUCUCCGCCCUGGGUGACACCAGGACAGCAGCUCAGCCUCUGGCUCCAGAGAAGGACCAAAGGCCCUAAAAGCGAUGCCUGAGAACAUUAAAUGGCGAUUCUUGGAGCCCUCAUUUUUAAACUACAUCUGCCACCACACUUGGCAAAACAAGGGUUAUUCCUCGUCUUCUCCGCGACGGGAAGUCUGGGCCAUACAAUCCUGCUUUUGAGGAGAAAGGGUUCUUCGGGUGCUCGGUGGGACACCUGGCUUCCCUCAGCCCCCAAGUCAGCAAGCACCUCGCUCAGGGGUGGCCCGUGUCACCACCUUGUCCUUCAGGACGGGCUCUCGUCCCCUGCAGGCUUAGGGGAUCAGACAGGACCGCCCGGUCCCUCUGCCAGCUUCUGGUCUACAACCAAAGAUGAUCAAAAGCGUUUGUACCUUUAAUAAAAUCAAGUGUGCAAAGACAGUCACCUUUUGAUGCCACUUAAAUAUUAAAGUUACACAA